CCCCUUCCGGGCAACGGAGCAAUGAAAUUUCCAAUCGAGACACCAAGAAAACAGGUGAACUGGGAUCCUAAAGUGGCUGUUCCUGCGGCGGCCCCGGCCUGUCAGCCCAAGGGUGCCACUAACGGGCAUUACCCGGCCCCACGGCUCUCCAUCUCCUCCCGAGCCACGGUGGUAGCCAGAAUGGAAGGCGCCUCCCAGGGGGGCCUGCAGACCGUCAUGAAGUGGAAAACGGUGGUGGCCGUCUUUGUGGUGGUGGUGGUCUACCUCGUCACGGGAGGUCUCGUCUUCCGGGCCUUGGAGCAGCCUUUCGAGAGCAGCCAGAAAAACACCAUUGCCCUGGAGAAGGCAGAAUUCCUGCGGGACCAUAUCUGUGUGAGCCCACAGGAGCUGGAGACCCUGAUUCAGCAUGCCCUCGAUGCUGACAAUGCAGGAGUCAGUCCAAUAGGAAACUCUUCCAACAACAGCAGUCACUGGGAUCUUGGAAGUGCCUUUUUCUUUGCUGGAACAGUCAUCACCACCAUCGGGUAUGGGAAUAUUGCUCCAAGCACUGAAGGAGGCAAAAUUUUUUGUAUUUUAUAUGCCAUCUUUGGAAUUCCACUUUUUGGUUUCUUACUGGCUGGAAUUGGAGACCAACUUGGAACCAUCUUUGGGAAAAGCAUUACAAGAGUGGAGAAAGUCUUUCGAAAAAAGCAAGUGAGUCAGACCAAGAUCCGGGUCAUCUCAACCAUCCUGUUCAUCUUGGCCGGCUGCAUUGUUUUCGUGACGAUCCCUGCUGUCAUUUUUAAAUACAUUGAGGGGUGGACAGCCCUGGAGUCCAUCUACUUUGUGGUAGUCACUCUGACCACAGUGGGCUUUGGUGACUUUGUGGCAGGGGGAAACGCUGGAAUCCAUUACCGGGAGUGGUAUAAGCCCUUAGUGUGGUUUUGGAUCCUUGUUGGCCUUGCCUACUUUGCUGCCGUCCUCAGUAUGAUCGGAGAUUGGUUACGGGUUCUAUCCAAAAAGACAAAAGAAGAGGUCGGCGAAAUCAAGGCCCACGCGGCCGAGUGGAAGGCCAACGUGACGGCCGAGUUCCGGGAGACGCGGCGACGGCUCAGCGUGGAGAUCCACGACAAGCUGCAGCGGGCGGCCACCAUCCGCAGCAUGGAGCGCCGGCGCCUGGGCCUGGACCAGAGGGCCCACUCGCUGGACAUGCUCUCCCCGGAGAAGCGCUCCGUCUUCGCGGCCCUGGACACCGGCCACUUCAAGGCCUCGUCCCAGGAGAGCAUCAACAACCGGCCCAACAACCUGCGCCUGAAGGGGUCGGAGCAGCUCAACAAGCAUGGGCAGGGGGCCUCUGAGGACAACAUCAUCAACAAGUUCGGGUCUUCCUCCAGGCUCACCAAGAGGAAAAACAAGGACCUCAGAAAGACCUUACCCGAGGACAUCCAGAAGAUCUACAAGACCUUCCGGAAUUACUCCUUGGACGAAGAGAAGAAGGAGGAGGAGUCCGAAAAGACGUGUAACUCCGACAACUCCAGCACAGCCAUGCUCACUGACUGUAUCCAGCAGCACUCCGAGAUGGAGAACGGCGUGCUACCCACGGACACCAAAGACAGGGAGCUCGAGAACAACGCAUUACUUGAAGACAGAAACUGAACGCCAUGGACUUGGACUGAGCGUUGCGGUAUUUAGGUUUUUUGUUUGUUUGUUUUUAUAUCCACACUGAGACACGUGCCUUAAACAGAUUUCUUGCUAGUCCGAAAUUACAUAGCAUUGAGGGAUAUAUUUCACUGUGCCAUAAAUGACUUGAAAGCUUGCUCUGCCAAAAGGAAUCAAAGAACUUCGCUUCAGACGGUGCCCGCAGGAAACACGCAGGGGGCGUUCGCACACGUAGGUUACCGCUGCCUGUGCAGAGGGGGUGUCUGCGGGGACGGCUGCAGAGCCGUGCAGUGCCGCCCGGGCAUGGCACACAUAAAGGGCAGCUAUUCCUUAGACCAGCCUCCUGCAAGGAAAAGGGGUGUCUUUUCAUGGAGUCUCCUUUCCGGAUCCCACGGUCAGUGACGUGCACAACCAGAAGGGGACCUGACCGGGGGUGAACUGGCCUCUGUAAUUAGGGUUAGAGGUGACAUUUUGGCAAGUGCUCUGAGCUUGAAUUUUGAUACAAACCAUUAAGUGCAGUCCUAGUUUUUCUAAA